AAGUCUGAAUAGAUUAAAACAAAAAAAAUGCCCUAAAACUUUAGAAACGGUGCGUCAAAGCCCUUUCCUUCUCCCCCAACAAAAAGACGGUGCUUUCAGAGUUUCAGAGGAAGUGAAGACUAACAUUAAUUAGGGUAGAGGCCAAACCAGCACCAUUUUGAGCUUUGGGUAUUUAUCAACUUCUCUCUUUUUACUCUUCUUGUCCAAAAGAAUUUUCAGUUUCCUUGUCCCUGGAAGAAUUUUACACGUCUUGGAAAUUACGGAUAAAUGUGACCGGUGGUCAUCAUUGCAGUUUCAGUGACUCUGAAACCCUAGGGGUUGUGGCUGAAAUACUAAUUGGAGUCUGUUUCUUAAAACCUUGCAGGAAAUGGGUGAACGAUGUCAUUCAGAUGCUCCGUUAGAUACUAUUUCCAGUGGGAGUGAGGAACACUUGAUCUCUCAUUUACCAAAAGAAUGUAAGAUUGGAUCCAUUAGUUUGGAUGAAAAUGAUGAUGAUUAUCCUGUGCCACGACCUGGAAUGAUCUUUAGGUCAGAAGCUGAGGCAAGAUUGUAUUACACAAAAUAUGCCGACCAAAUGGGCUUCAGCGUCAAGACUAGAACCUCAAAAAGGGGAGGUGAAGGCCAAGUUAAAUAUUUGAUACUUGUAUGUUCCGAGAGAUCAAGAACUGGUAUUGAUGAAUCAAAGAAACAGUAUUGUACUGCUAGGAUAAAUUUGACUUUACGUAAAGAUGGAACCUAUCAAAUUAGUGCAGUUACUCUCGGUCAUAAUCAUGAAUUGGGUUCUCAGAGAAUUACUAUUGAGAUGAAGUGUAUAAGGAAAUUGGAUCCAGAAGUUAUUGACAUGGGUGUUAAGAAGAUAUCAGAGCAAAAUAAUUGCGGAAAUUACCUUCAGACAGAAAGACAGUGGAUUAGAGAAAAUGGAGAUGGUGAUGCUCUUCAGAAGUAUUUGGUGAGGAUGCAAGAACAAGAUAGAAACUUCUUCUUUGCAAUUGACUUGGAUGAUUUGUUCAGCGCGAAGAAUGUAUUUUGGUCUGAUGGAAGGAGUAGAGCUGCAUAUGAAUCUUUUGGUGAUGUGGUGACAGUUGAUACGACAUGCCUUUCCAAUCACUACAAAGUGCCACUUGUAACUUUCAUUGGAGUUAACCAUCAUGGGCAAUCUGUACUGUUUGGUUGUGGGUUGUUAUCAUCUGACGACUCAGAGUCAUUUGCUUGGUUGUUCGAAUCAUUGUUGCAUUGCAUGUCUGGUGUACCCCCACAAGGAAUCGUAACAGAUCAUUGCUGCAGGGCCAUGCAGAAAGCAGUUGAAACUGUAUACCCCUCCAUUCGACAUCGAUGGUGUUUGUCAAAUAUAAUGGAAAAGCUUCCCCAACUAAUCCAUGAGUAUGCUAAUUGCAAGUCCUUAAGAGAUCGUAUGCAUAAUGUUGUCUAUGAGACACCAACAACAGAUGAAUUUGAGGGAAAAUGGAAGAAGAUUUUGGAGGAUUUUGACCUCAAAGACAAUAAAUGGUUGAAGGAAUUGUUCCUUGACCGACAUCGCUGGGCUCCUUCCUUUGUAAGAGGUGGUUUUUGGGCUGGAAUGUAUACUAAUCCGCAAAGUGAAAGUAGGCAUGAAAUUUUUGAUGGAUUUAUAAACCAACAAACAACUUUGAAGCAAUUUGUUGAUCAGUACAAUAAUGCCUUGCAGUAUAAGGCUGAGAAGGAGUAUAUAGCUGACAUACAUUCAUCCAGUAAUAGUCAGACUUGUGUUACCAAAUCUCCAAUUGAGAGGCAGUUUCAAUCUGCUUACACUCAUGCAAAGUUUCUGGAGGUUCAACGUGAAUUUGUUGGAAAGGCUGAUUGUAACGUUUUUGUUGCUUGUGAAGAUGGUUCUAUUUGUCGCUACAAUGUGAUAGAGGAUAUGAUAACAGAGGAUAAGCCUAAGGAAUCCGUGGUUGAAGUCAUAUAUAACAGGGAAGAUUGUGAUAUAAAAUGCAACUGUGGCUUGUUUGAGUUUAGAGGUAUACUUUGUAGGCACUCGCUUGCAGUACUAUCACAAGAGAGAGUGAAGGAGGUCCCGUGUAAAUAUAUUUUAGACAGAUGGAAAAAAAAUAUUGUGAGGAAGCAUGUUUGUAUAAAAACCAGCUAUGGUGUUGUGCAUUUUGAACCUCAAGUGCAGAGGUUUGAUCUGUUAUGCAAACAAUUCAAUAGUAUUGCUGCUGCUGCUGCUGAAUUUGAGGGUACAAGUUCUUUUGUAAAGGAUACCCUAUGUAACUUGAAGGAGAAACUUGACUCAUGGACAUCGUUACCGAUAAACUCUUCUCUUGUGGAUGUAGAGAAACACAACAAUAUGAUACAUUGAACAUGAAGUUUUUAAGGAUAAAAUAUUUUUUGAAUUGAUGUAAAUAUGACUAACUUUAGUUGCAAAAGUUAUCUUAUGGAUUUUGAUUAUCAUAAUUCUAUAAUUUUUGAAUGGUUACUGUUGAUA